AUGUCGCUCGCACACACAGCUGCAGAAUACAUGCUCUCGGAUGCCCUGCUGCCCGACCGCAAGGGCCCCCGCCUCAAAGGACUGCGCCUGGAGCUUCCCCUCGACCGAAUGGUCAAGUUCGUAGCCGUGGGCUUCCCCCUGCUGCUGGUGUCACUGGCCUUUGCCCAGGAGUUCUCCUCCGGGUCUCCCAUCAGCUGCUUUUGUCCCAGUAACUUCAGCAUCCGGCAGGCUGCCUACGUGGACAGUUCUUGUUGGGACUCCCUGGUUCACCAUGAACAGGAUGAGUCUGGCCAGUCCAAGACGAAAUCCCUCUGGCCUCACAAGGCCCUCCCUUACUCGCUGCUGGCCCUGGCCGUGGCCAUGUACCUGCCGGUUCUGCUGUGGCAGUAUGCAGCCGUGCCGGCCCUCACCUCGGACCUGCUGUUCAUCAUUAGUGAGCUGGACAAGUCCUACAACCGCGCCAUCCGCCUGGUGCAGCACAUGCUGAAGAUCCGACAGGAGAGCUCGGACCCUGAUGUGUUCUGGGAUGAGCUGGAAAAGGCUCGGAAAGAACGGUACUUUGAAUUCCCCUUGCUGGAGCGGUACCUGGCCUGUAAGCAGCGCUCACACUCACUAGUGGCCACCUACCUCCUGAGGAACGCCCUCUUGCUCCUCUUCACCUCCGCCACCUACCUGUACCUGGGCCACUUUCACCUGGACGUCUUCUUCCAAGAGGAAUUCAGUUGUUCCAUCAAGACAGGGCUGCUACAUGAUGAGACCCACAUCCCCGACCUCAUCACAUGUAGGCUGACCUCUUUGUCUGUCUUCCAGAUUGUCAGUCUCGCCAGCGUAGCCAUCUACACCCUGUUGGUUCCAGUGAUACUAUACAACCUCACACGGCUCUGCCGGUGGGACAAACGGCUCCUCUCUAUCUACGAGAUGCUCCCAGCUUUUGAUCUUCUCAGCAGAAAAAUGCUGGGCUGUCCCAUCAAUGACCUCAAUGUGAUCCUUCUUUUCCUCCGAGCCAACAUCUCUGAGCUCAUCUCUUUUAGCUGGUUGAGUGUCCUCUGUGCGCUGAAGGACACAGCCACCCAGAAGCACAACAUUGACACCGUGGUUGAUUUCAUGACUUUAUUGGCUGGCUUAGAACCCUCAAAACCUAAACAUCUCACCCACGGGAUGUGUGAUGAAAAUCCAUAGUUAAGAAACUGAAGCAAGAAGUCCUAUGGAAAGUAAAAAUCUCUCCCCUUUUUCACAAGCCUCAUGCGCUAAUACACAAAAACACCCAUGUUAGGAUUGCUAAGCUUGGAUUUAGCUGAGUUGAACAUCCUAUAUUAUGUUAUCCCAAAGAUGAGAAGAUAAAAUCAUCACAUGGAAACAAACCUGAAAGCUGGAGCUGAAGAAUAAGAAACAUAUAUAUAUUACGUCUAGAGCAUAAUAUGAUGACAAGAAGAACACUGAAACUAGAAGUCUAGACAUUAUAAAAAGGGAGAAAGUUCUAUAGGCUAUUCAUGGAGGCAGGUUUUUCCCACUGUAUUUACUCCAUGACCUUUCUAGGAUAAACACUCAGUUUACCAUGCUCUCCUUCAAAGUCUACCCAGGGUUUCCUCCUUCAAGAAGCCAUCCCCAUCUCCACGCUCCUCCCCUGAGUGUUGCCAUAUCAUCUGAUACCUACCUCUGAGAUAAAACUUAUUACAUUGUAUUAAUAUAGCCCAUGUACUUGUCUUUUCCUCUUAAAUAAGUUACCUAGAGGCUGUGUCAUCAUAGGCACUAAUAAAUAAAUAUUCUUCUGAAUACAUAGGGAACAAGAAGCUUUGGGAGGUGUUUUUGCUGUAGUCUGCCUGAAGUCAGGAAAAAAUUGAACAAGAGGACUCUGAUGCUUUGGAAAGCAUAAAAGCUACUAGAAAGUUCUAUUCUUCUCCAUCAGGAGAAAUAAUUGAAAUGAAUGAAGCUCUAGCAGAAAAUCCAGGAUGUAUCAACAAAUCUUGUUAUGAAGAUGGUUGACUGAUCAAGAUAACACUUGGUAACCCUUCAGAACUAGAUGAACUAAAGAGCAAAGAAGCAUGUGAGAAAUACAUAAGAUCUAUUGGACUACACAGUCCACGGAUCGCAAAGAGUCAGACACAACUGAGCGACUUUCACUUUCACUUUCACUUCAUUGAGGAGUGAAACUGGAACCCUUAAAUAAACUAGUUUGAAACAAAAAAAAAGUCAAACAUGGAAAUAAUUAUGUAAAAUUAUUACACCACAACUGGGAUA